CUCGAAAAUGGUGCUCGAAAUUCGCGUAACCGAUCCGUCGGAAAAAUCGAUCACACCGGAACGGGUGAAAUCGUUGACGGAAGAGCAGGAGGAUCGUAGAAAUAACAACAACCGUCACUCGCCCGGCCGUACACCGAUGCGGAUAGGGCGUGAUGAGCUUGAAGCGAUCAAGACCAAUCUGCUAAACACCAAUGAGGUUACAUUCAGUACCGUGCUGGAUACGGAUCUUGGUCCGCCGGGAUCGCCUGGUGGCGGAAACUAUGGCAAAAACUUGAGCAUGGCUCAGCUGAAGGUGCCCGGUGUUGGUGCUGCUGCUGGUGAUGCCGGUGCUGGUGAUCGUACACGCCGAACGCGGUUGAUUUCGGAACUCUCGGAAGCGGAUUCGAUACUAUCGUCGUACCAUGAGCCGGAGAAGAAGAAACCACCCAAAAUUCCCGACGGUGGAUACGGAUGGGUGAUCGUGUUCUCAUCCUUCAUGGUCUCACUCAUCAUGGAUGGGGUGUCGUUCUCGUUCGGUUUGAUCUACACGGAGCUGCUGAGCUACUUCGGAGAGUCCAAAUCCAAGACGGCCUGGAUUGGGUCGCUGUUCAUCGCUGUACCGCUGCUGUCUGGGCCGAUAAUGUCCAACCUGGUGGAUCGUUACGGUUGUCGCAAGAUGACUAUGCUCGGUGGGUUCAUCGGUGGAAUGGGGUUCGUGUUGGCUUCGUUCUGCCAGUCAGUUGAGCAGCUUUAUUUCACCUUCGGUAUACUGUCCGGUGUUGGUCUGGGGUUCGGGUACGUGACCGUAGUCGUCUCUGUAGCGUUCUGGUUCGAUAAGCGUCGCACAUUUGCGACGGGAAUCGGUGCAUCCGGUACCGGGAUUGGCACGUUUGUGUACGCUCCACUCUGCCAGUGGCUGAUCAAAAACUUUGGAUGGCGUGGGGCGACACUUAUCCUUGCCGGUACACUCUUCAACAUGAUCGCCAUGGGUGCACUGAUGCGUGACCCCGAGUGGAUGAUCGAGGAAAGCAAGCUGGAAAGUCGAGCCCAGAGCAUCCAGACGUUCUCGAACUCGAGUGUUUAUCUGGACGAGAUCAAAAAGCUCAUCGAGACGGGCAUUCCGAAGGAACACGUGCUGGAUACGCUCGUUACGAACGUGAACACGGAAGCGAACCAGGUCAUACCGCCGGAAGAUCCGGCUAUUAACAAAAAGUACCAGAGCCUGGUCGCACUGCCUACGUUCUUUAGCGAGCAGGAACAACACGGCAGUGGCGCACGUGCCAAUGGUACCAUCCUGCACGCGAGCAAUCGUUCCCUGCGGCACAACGUUCUGACGAAGGAAACAUUCAAGCGCAGUGGUCGAUUGGCUCAAGCAAAGGCACGUCUGGCCAGCACGGAGACGCUUAACUCGUACGAGAAGCUUUCCGACGAGGAGAACGAUGAAGCGCAUCACCAGGAACAUCCGGAUGGCAUUAGUCUUGGAAUUCGUGCUUCACUGAAAACGCUUAGCGUAGCGUCACUGGAAGAUGGUUAUCUGAGCGUAAAACGGCAGCAAGAGUUACACGAAAAGGUGGGCGGAAGUACGUGGUCUUUGGAUGAGGUCGCACUUGCCGGAUCGCUUGUCGUUCCCGCACCGCACGGCGAUGCUGCGCUCGGUGGUGAUGGUAGCCGUGCGGAGAAAUGUCGCAGCUUCCGAGGCAACUCGCUCGACGUGGUGUACGAGAACGAGAUCUUCAAUCCAAACGUGGACACUAACGUAACGCUGGUUGUGCCGAAGCAGACAAAGCUGCUGCAUCAACGCGGGGUUGCGCCACGUGGCGGAGGACUCAAGAAGCAACAUUCGCUAGGCCGUCAGCAUUCGAUGCGUUACUCAAACUUUUACAAAGACAUGCGGCUGCAUCGGAACUCGAUUCACUAUCGCGGUGCGUUGCUUAACACACAUCGUUACCGACUGAAGGCGUCCUCAUGUCCAAACAUCUAUCGCAAUUCGAUGACCACGAUCGCCAAGGAGCAGGAUGAGCCAUGGUACGGUAGCUUCAUCGAUACGCUCAAAUCAAUAUUCGAUUUUUCGCUCUUUUUCGAGUUUCGGUUCGGUAUGCUUGCCAUCUCCACACUGCUGCUGUUCGUUUGGUACAUCAUUCCCUAUUUCUACAUCCCUGAGUAUGUGCUGCACUACAACUACAGUGAACAGGAUGGAGCGAAUCUUAUCUCUGUGAUCGGUAUCACCAACACGAUCGGGAUGGUUGGUCUUGGAUGGCUCGGUGAUCAACCUUGGGUGGAUGUGUCCAAGACGUACGCUGUGUGUCUGGCAUUAUGCGGUGCGUCAAUUUUUGUCAUACCUUGGGUUAUCUCGAGCUACGCGGCCAUGGUGGUCCUGUGUAUCAUCUUUGGCUUUACCUUCGCCAGCACGUUCUCGUUCACGCCCAUCAUCAUGGUGCGGUUGGUGAGCUUGGAUGAUUUUACCGUCGCGUACGGACUGGUGCUGUUGGUGCAGGGCAUUGGCAGUCUGAUCGGACCACCGAUCGCUGGUUUCCUGUACGACGUGACCAAUCGCUGGGACGAUUCAUUCUACGCGGCCGGGUUCUUCAUCUUCCUCUCGGGGGUUUGUGCUUGGGCGAUCGGUUCACUGGAACCAUCACCCGACAGUGAGAAGGACGACGACGGAGAGAAGGAAAGCGAUGCUCUCAGCUCAACAGUCACGGCGUGAGCCGAUGUGUGUGUUUGCCAGGAUGCUGGCACAACCGUGGUGCCUUUUGUACUUAUUCAAAUGCGUGUGUUCGUUCUGGCAAAAGCAAAGCAAACAAGCAAAACAUAGUAAGAUUUUCGUUUCAUAUCACGUGUUCACGCCUUACAGUAGGAUAUUUCCAUUUCAUCCUUUCAAAUUAGCCCUCGGAACUAGUGAACAGACUACCUCGAAACAAGUAAUUUGCGAUCAGCGGUGUAGUUACUCGGUCGAGUUAGGUAAUCUUUUCGUUUCACGGUUGAACGAUGUUAAUGUGGCGAAUUUUAGAAUGUUUGUCAUGUCUAGCUUUUACACAAACCAACUAAAUAACAAACGAUGCUACACCUUCUCCAUAUACAUAUAUAAGCUCCAUAGAUCAACGAACGUCAAUCGAAUGCCUUACAGUAAAUUAUGCCUAGUAAGAGUAGUUAAAAAUCACAGUUCAAAAAGUGAAACUUAAGACAUCCUCGUGGUCUAAUAUUUGAGAGAGAAAGAGAAAAACUACGAAAAUAGAUAUAAUCUAUUAGCACAGUUCGAACGCAAACUAGCUAACAACUGUGACUAGGCAGUGCAGAUGCAAAAGAUAGCUUAAUAGUGCACUUUACGCGUAUCAGCGCUUUAGUUAGGAAGUUGUUCUCCCGUUUGGCGAGUAUUGGCAAAGUUGUGUCGUAUGAGGCGGUGCCGUGACCAAUAUCCUCACUUUGUUUAAUAGCCACAUUAAGCUAGCAUAGAAUUGUUCACAAAACAUCCAUUUCUCUCCCACAAGACUGGGACCAUAAUUAUGUAUCAUUGAAAGUGGAAGUUUCGAAAUCAACUCUAGCUACACGAUGGCUCUAGGUGAAUGAUGGUAUGCACGUAUGUACUAUUAGGCUUUCCCCGUAAGUUACUAUAAGUAGAAACACUUAAAAACAAACAGGGCUCUUGUGAUUGUAUUGUGUACUUGUAGAACAAUUUUUUACCGUUUCUGUUUUUCUCUCUCUAUAUAUACACUUGUUUUAAUGUUUAUUUUUUGUAAAUUAGAAAAUAUUUAGAAAAAAAAAUCAUGCAAAUAGAACGAAUUAAGAAAAAGGCGUGUGUGAUAGCAUAGAAUGGCACGAUCUUUGGUUUUCUUUUAAUCCGUACUUACUAGUAAGUUGUCUUUUAUAUACAGACAGAAUAAAACUGCCCAAUCGAUUCA